AUGAAGAGUUACAACAUCGCAAUGAUUUCAGAUUUCUUCUACCCACAACCGGGAGGCAUGGAACUCCAUAUAUACCACCUUUCGCAAAAGCUCAUAGCCAGGGGACAUUCUGUUGUAGUAAUCACCCACGCAUAUGACGACAGAACAGGAGUUCGAAUGUUGACCAAUGGCCUCAAAAUUUACUAUGUCCCGUUUUUUAUCAUAUACCGACAAACAACUUUCCCAACGGUGUUUUCGUUGUUUCCCAUACUUCGUCAAAUCCUGAUCCGCGAGAGAAUCGAUAUAGUUCAUGGUCAUGGUACCUUCAGCUCCAUGUGUCACGAGGCAAUCUUGCACGCCAACACGAUGGGGAUCAAGACGGUCUUUACAGAUCAUUCGCUGUUUGGAUUUGCAGACGUGGGUUCGAUCCUGGGCAACAAACUGCUAAAAUUCACUCUCACCAACAUCGGUCAUGUGAUAUGUGUUAGCCAUACGUGCAAGGAGAACACGGUUCUGAGAGCCAGCUUAGAUCCCUCUUCAGUUUCGGUAAUUCCAAAUGCUGUUAUAGCUGAUGACUUCAAACCUGCAGAGGUCAAACCGUCAUUGAAUAAGAUCACUGUUGUUGUGAUCUCGCGACUGUUCCAAAACAAGGGAGCAGACCUUCUCACCGCAAUUAUACCCCGAUUAUGCUCCAGUCGACCUGACAUACACUUCCUUAUUGCUGGCGAUGGCCCGAAGUUUAUUGACUUGGAGCAAAUGAGGGAAAAACACCAAUUACAAGAUAGAGUCGAACUAAUUGGAAGCAUACGACAUCAACAGGUUCGGGAUGUGAUGGUCCAGGGACAUAUAUAUUUGCACCCGUCUUUAACUGAAGCUUUUGGAACCGUUCUGGUUGAGGCUGCUUCUUGUGGUUUGCUAGUGGUAACAACCAAAGUUGGAGGUAUUCCCGAAGUCCUGCCAAAUAAAAUGACUGUUUUCGCUGAUCCGGAUGAGGAGUCACUGGUUGAUGCUGUGAAUCUGGCAGUGAGAAAGCUUAAAGAAAACAAAAUUGAUACAAGCAGUUUUCACGAAGAAGUAAAGAAAAUGUACGAUUGGGGCGAUAUCGCCAAGAGAACAGAAAAGGUGUACAACAUGGUUUCUGAGAGAGAGGCUGCCUCGCUUGUGGAUGUGCUAAUUAAGUACUACAAUUGUGGCCCUUGGGCUGGCUUACUGUUCAUCUUGUGCGUGGUCGUCGAUUUAUUUAUUCUCGAGUUUUUAAACUGGUGGUGGCCCGAGAGUGAUAUAGACAAGGUGAAGAAAUGGCCACGGAAAAAAGUCCAGACAGGUAAAUGA